GGACUGGGCAGGGGCUCCUGCACCCGUCUUGCUGCCCCUCUGCUGGCCGGGGUCAGACCGGAGCACCUGAUGGGUUCCCUCCUGCGAUUCCUGUGAGCGCGUCCUUGUAGGAGAGGGGUUGGAGAGCGCCUCUCGCUGCCAGUGACCCGGCAAGGAGGGCUGGGUAACCUUUCCUUUUCUGGGCCAGUCUGUUCCCGGUCCUGCAGAGAAGGAAGGCCAGUGGGGUCGCCAGUUUGGGCGCAGGUGGAGGCCAGCCCCCCAUCCUGAUGCAGAGGUUGUUUAGAGGAGCCCAGGCAGUCUCAGCUGCUGAAAGACAUUUAUUGCUAUUGGGAAGGCAUCUCCUUCCAAGCACACCUUUACCAGCAUGGAAUUCAUUGCAUCAGCCACAGCCCAGAUGCUGCCAGCAGCACUUGGAGCUGCGUGCCUGCACCCCAUGAUGCCCUUUGGCAUAACCCAAGAGAUGCUGCAGGAACAUAGGCUUGGACUGGAGCUCUCAGGGAAGGCAAAUGGGAUGGGAGGUGGCUCCUUGAGUUUCUGCAUCAGGUGGGAAAAUGCCCUUGGAUGGGUAGCAUCCCUGCCUAUGGCAAAGGGUGGGAACUAAUUGAGCUUUAAGGUCUUUUCCGACCCAGUCCAUUCUAUGAGUCCAUGAUGAUGCAUGGGAACAUGCUGAGAGCAGCAGUCAAACAGCCAGGAGCACUGACCUCAUGAUAGGUCCAGUAACUUUAAAGAGGAGGGACACCGGAAAAAUGUUUGCUGUCUGCCCAGCAAAUGCUCCAUUCCAGCAGGGCCAGGGGGGCCCAGCGCUGGGCACAGCCAUCCCAGGGGCAGGACAUGGACAAGACUCCAACUCCAACUUCGUGGGAGAGGUGUGUGACAGCAACGAGAACUGGAGCCAGCCAGCGCCGGGGUCCCUGCCAGAGGAGGGCUCCAGCCGGAGCGAAAACACCACAAAUCCGUCUGAUAAUCUGCUGUUAUUAAUGCAGAGACAGAUGGUCCAGGGCCAGCUUAGGGACACUGCCCCAGGCCUGUGCGACACGCACCCUGAGCAGGGGGUGCGCAGCUCCCCUGAGGGAGCAGAGGUCAGCAGGGCAGGGGGACAAAACACUGCCGAAGAGGUGGCCAGGGGAUGUGUCAAGCCCCUGAGCUCCCCUGCAGAGGACAACGGCUACGCCAGCAGCUCCCUCAGCAUUGACAGCCCCGAGAGCACCUGCAGCACCAACUGGAACCCUCUCGCCUCUGCCCCUCAAGCCAGGAGUCUCCCUGAGGCAGGGCUGGCUGAGCCUGAGCUGGGGACCCUCUUCCCGGUGCUGGCAGAGGCUGUGCAGCACCUCCAGGACAAGGAGCGCUUCAAGGAGCAGGAGAAGGAGAAGCACCACAUCCAGCUGGUGAUGUACCGGCGUCUGGCCUUGCUGCGCUGGAUCCACGGCCUGCAGCAGAAAGUUGUGGACCAGCAGAACCGGUUGCAGGAGAGUUUUGACACCAUCCUGGAUAAUCGCAAGGAGCUCAUCCGCUACAUGCAGCAGGGCCCAGCCUGCCUUGCUGCUGCAGCUGCCCCUAGCCCCUGAGGUGCCACCAGCACAGCCCAGCCCAGCCCCCACCCUCCGGACGCUGUGGCCUUGGCUGGUGGCAUCUCCAUCCUGUGCCAAGCGCUCACCGGGCCCCUGGGUGCCCACCCUUCCCUUCCCAUCUCUCUCCAACACAGCCAAGAGUCCCUGAAGUGUUCAUCUCCAUUAUCCCUCUGCACUGGAAUUUGUUUUGUCCCGCACCCAGGUCCGGGGUGGCACUGAGCUGUGUCGACCUCAGGACCCUGGGGUUUGCUGAGCCCAAGGUGACCAGGCUCAUCUUUAAACCUAAUCUAGUCCAUUGUUGAGCCUGGCUGAGCUACACCAGUGCUGGGAUGGCUGUGCUGGAGCUGCAGGGCAGUGAGGGUCCCAGGGCAGUGAAGCUUCUAAACCUCCCUGGGCAGAGCACUUCCAGCAUGUGCUUCAUCCCCACAUCCCACCCGCAGCCACAGCCCAGCUCCUGGCAAAUGUCACUUGGUGAGAGUGAGGUGCCCUGGGCUGUGAGAGAGAAAAAAUAGUUCUGAAAAGUGACCUCAGAAUGCUGAAAAGUAAGUUUAAGUCAAAUGAUCCAACACCAAUUUAUGUUUUUAGUGUCAGUAUUAGAGAAAAGUUAAUUUAGGUCUAUGUGUGUGUGCACAUCUGUCUGCUGUGGGCAAUACUCUCACUCAGUGCAUGAUCCUAAAGCUGCUCAUGAACUUGUGGUGUUGGUGUUUAUAUUAAUUUAUCAUUUGAGAGAAAAAAGAAUGUUUUUUUUGGAUCUGCAUUUUGCUGUACACAGAACCCAAAGAACAAUUGUCUUAACUAGAGAUGGAAAAGGAGCUGCUGUGUUUGUUUGCUGUGCUUUGCUGUAUAUCCAUAGGACACAUACUCCAUUCAAGUGCUGAUGUGGAAGAGCAGCAGUGGGCAAUGAGGGUUCAGACAGAGGGGUCUGCACUGUCUGUCCUGCCCCAGCUGCCAAGUAAAGCUGGGCACUGAUUCCAUUUCUCAUCUGCAAAGGAGGGUGAUGAGAGAUUCCAGAGCUGCUGUGCUGCUCCCAGCCAAACUGCCUCCUGCCAUCGGAGCCACUUCACCAGGACCCCAGCAAACAGCAGAAUUGGGCAGCCUGGUCAGAUCCUGGCACCCACCAGAUGCUCCUGGACUGUGGAUAAACAACUAUGGCCAAGUCCACCAGUGACUCAAGGUCCAGGGGCAGCACCAGCCUCCUCCUGCCCCACAUGGGACACAACUGGGCUCUCCUCCUCCUGGGGCUGCUGCCAGUGGGUGAAGUGAGGAGAUCCACAAAAAUCCUCUUCCAAAAAGGACAAUUUGGUGGCAAAGGGUGCACUCAGCUCAAAGCAACCUUUGCCAUUGCUGGGGGAUUCUGGCAGCUUCCCGCAAGGCUCACGCUGCCCUCACCUCCCAUCUGCUCAUUCGUGUUCAGCACCUGCUGCCUCUGUUGUAUCCCAGACCCAUGAUUGUGGGUAUGUUGCACACCUUAAUAAAAGCCUUGGAACUGAA